AUGCGAUAUUCUGCAAGAAAAGCGCCGAAUGGCUGUAGAUCUGCUUCGCGCAGUCAUUGCCGCAACUCGCGGCUUCCAUUGAUUUUCAGCCCUUUCUUUUUUCAACCUCCUCCGGCCAAAGCUCCCGCCGCCGAUCGCCUGGAAUUGGAGGAGCUUUCAGGAGCAUUCUUCCCCUCGUUACUCGCCUUCCCAUCCUCUUCGGCGCGGUUUGGCGUUGUUCUCGUUUCUUGCCGGUUUCCGCCGCAAAGAUCUCUUGGGAUUGGAGUUCUUCCUCCCGAAACACCCCGCAAGCUUUGGCGGCCGCCGCUUUCCUGGAGCUACUGCAAGCGCUCCAUCCUCCGCUUCUUUUUGUUCUUCCUCUUAGGAUUCCUCCUCGCCAUUUCCCCCUUUUCCGAUCCCGGUUUUGACAGUUACCAAUUUUCUACUAUCCGGCCUGCAAAACAGCACCCACUUCUUUUCCGUUCUGAGAUCUCAUCUGCCCGAAGGGAACUCGGUACCAUUUUCAGCCCACCAAGCGCACAAUCGGGUGCGGCUAUACCGGCGACUGGUUCCAAGCUUCUCAUCAUUGUCACCCCCACCUACAACCGUGCACUCCAGUACUACUAUCUCCACCGCCUUGGCCAGACGCUUCGGCUCGUUCCUCCGCCGCUUGUUUGGAUAGUGGUUGAGAUGGAAUCCGCUUCUGAUGAAACUGCGGAAGUGCUACGCAAAACGGGUGUUAUGUAUCGUCAUCUCGUAUGCAAGAGGAGCUUCAAGGAUGUGAAGGAUCGGGGCGUGUAUCAGCGCAACACCGCUCUCGAGCAUAUCGAGAACCAUCAUCUCGAUGGCAUUGUCUACUUCGCCGACGAUGACAAUAUCUAUUCAUUCCAGCUCUUUUCCCAGCUUAGAGAAAUCAGGAGAUUUGGAAUUUGGCCUGUCGCAAUGCUUGCUCAGAGUAAAAACAGCGCAAUACUUGAAGGCCCGGUAUGCAAUGGAAGCCGAGUUAUUGGGUGGCAUACUAAUGAAAAGAGCAAAAGACUAAGAAGGUUUCAUGUGGAUAUGUCUGGGUUUGCAUUCGAUAGUACGAUAAUAUGGGAUCCGAAGAGAUGGUAUUUGGGAGCUUCAAAUUCAGCCAGGCAACUGGAUACAGUGAGAGAAGGGUUUCAAGAAACAACAUUUAUAGAGCAGUUAGUUGAAGAUGAAACUCAAAUGGAAGGUUUGCCUCAUUUUUGCUCAAAAAUCAUGAAUUGGCAUCUUCAUUUAGAAGCUAAACAUCUUGUUUAUCCCAAACAAUGGCAAGUUUCAUCGAAUCUUAAUGCUGAUCAAUAAGUUUUCCAUAUUCCCCUCCUUUUUACAGGCGAGUCGUGUAAUUAUUUGUCUGCUGGAAGACAAUCUUGGUCCUUGUAGAACUUUAUAGGACAGGACAAUUUUUAGCUUUGUGAUGCUUUCUGCACAGCAUUAGUUAACGAAGAUGAUUAGCAUAGAACCCAGGGAUUUUAUUUUAGGA